CACCCGCUCAUCCAGGCUGCGCGACAGGAGCUCGCCACCCUGGAGGCUGAGGAGCGACGUGCUCAGCCCCCUGAACAGCUCUUGGUCUCCCUCCAGAAGCGUGUGGAGGAGGCGCGGGCUAGCGCCUCCCAGGUGGCGGACGACCUCGUGGAGGCUAUCGCGAAGGUCGACGAUCUCCGCAGGCAGCAGGGCGUGGCCGACGUGGAGGUCAAGAACCUGGAGGUGGAGGUUCAGGCUGCCCAGCGCGCCGUGGCGGCCUCGGCGGCGAGCUCCAGUGGUGCCGACUUGGCAGCCCUCGCCUCCACGCUGGUCGGCCUCCAGGCCACGCUCGCCAGUGCCCCUGCGCGCGUCGCCAGUGGGCAGGGCAUCACAGUCUUGGAGGCGAUCGGGCAGCAGGAGCUGCGGCUGCCCCCGCCGCCACUGGAGCAGGAGGCCCAGCAGACUCCUCGCCAUCUGCCACGGCUCCCCCUGCUGCGGCGCUGCCUCCCGGUGCUGCCCAUGCGUUUCGCGCUGGCGGGGGAACCGCCGCAGCCGCCUGGGAAGCCGCAGGCGAGGCCGACAUGGAAGGCUAGACACCGCGGGCGUCGUGGCAGCGCCCGCGUGAAGGCCUCUUUCGUCACCUACAACGGCUCGUCCUGGGCCUCGCGCAGGGAGUUUCUGACCCACUGCGACCUUGGCAUCCAGGUGGUGGCGGCCCAGGAGCUGCGCAUCGACGGCGACGAUCGUCGGCGCGCUGAAGGCUGGGCGGCUCGAGCUGGAUGGCAUGCUAUUAUCCCAUCUUGCCGACGUCUGGAGUCGGGGCGCCCGUCUGCUGGAGUUGGUCUUUUCAUUCGACGUCACAUCAGCGUGACGAUGCUGCCAGGCCUGCGAGGUUUUGACCUGAUUCCGAGCUUCUGUGUUGCAUGUCAUGCGGAUCUGGGCAUCAAAGGUGGGCUCGUGCUGUUGUCUUGCUACAUUGAGGUGGGACGAUGGAAUGACGUGAAUGUGAUGCGGCUCUACGACAUCGCUACAGCGCUGCGGGGUUGGAACAGGCCGUUUCUUGCGGCGGGGGAUUUCAACUGCGAUCCGAAGCACCUCUUGGAGUAUGGCUUCUUGGACUUCAUUCCUGCAGCAGUGGUCGCGAGCCCCCCCGCUCCUACAGGGCGCCAUCCAGUGGGCACGUGCCGCAGCGCUCAGGGAGCCUACUCGACCAUCGACUACUGGCUGGCCAGCUUGUCUAUUGCGGGUUCGCUAGCGCUGCCCCACCCUGUGGAGGGCUGGCCUGCAUCGCCACAUUUCCCUAUGCUGACGUCCCUCGACGCGCGGGCUAAGGCGGUCAAAUUCCUCGUCCUGCGGGCGCCGAAGGCUUUCCCGAAGGCAGCCCCGACUGAGGACGUCACGCCUGUGCUGGCGGCUGGUUCUCGCGACCUCAUCGAGGAUGAUGUGGCACUGGGAGGAGCUGCGAGUCCUGUUCAGGCUCAGGCGCGGCUGGAUCGCUUAUACGCUGAGUUCGUGAACGCCGUGGAGGAG